AUGUCCCUCUCUCUCAAGUGGAACAAACAAAACAAAUCUCAAAUAAUAAUAUUAGUAAACAGAAAAAACUACGAAUCUUAACAAAAAAAACCUAACAUUGCUAACUUUCUUCUUCUAGGCGUGCGUAAUAAUCAUCACGAACGAACCCUUCUUUUCUUCUUCUUCUUCUUCCAAUUCCUAUACACGAACAAAAUACAGAAAUACCUUCGAAGGUGAACGAAAUGGUAGCGCUUAGCGUAGAAAACAAAAGGGCAGUAUUGUAAUUUCAAUUUGUCAUCCUCCAUGAGAUGAGAUGAGAUGAACACAUCCGCUCACUUACACACCGACACAACUGCCAUUCUAUCUGUUGCCGCCGGUACCAAAACCGGCCGUAAGGGAAGAUUAUCUCUCAUGGCCGCCGCUCAAGCCAACUCUACUCCCGCUGUUGUUUUCACCGCUCUCGCUGGUGUUGCUAUUGUCGCUGUCAUUUUCUACGGUGCCAGCAGGAAAAGAAAACACGCCCUUUCACCUCAGUAUUGGAAAAGCUUGUUUACAGAAGAUGGUAGACUUCGUGAUGGUGGAAUUAAGCUCCUGAAAAAAGUGCGCAGUGGAGGUGUUCAUCCUAGAAUAAGGGAUGAAGUUUGGCCAUUUCUACUUGGAGUGUAUGACUUUAACAGCACCAAAGAUGAAAGAGAUGCUGUAAGAACUCAAAAUAGAAAGAAGUAUGAAGGACUCCGUAGAAAAUGCAGGAAACUCAUCAAGCAAAGCAGUGAAAGAAGCAAGUUAAAUGAUCUUGGUGAAAUCAGCAAUGAAGGAGGUGAUGGAAGUCUUCAAGAUUCUGGUUCUUCUAGUUCCGAUGAUGCUGCCAGUUCCAGGGAAUUCCUUUCUAGUCAGGACAUAACUCCAGACGCUGAAUAUUCAGAUUAUCCAUCCACCGUCUCAUUGGAAGAUGAUUAUGUUAAUGUUGACAAUGCUGAUGCAUCUAUACUGGAUACAGAUUCCACUGAAGCUCCUGAAGUAAUUCAAACAGUUCCUCCCAUUGAUGUUCCGGAAGAUAACAACCCCAUUAAAACUACCAAGGAUUCUGCUGAAGGUUCUGAAGUAAUUCAAACAGCUCCUCCUGAUGAUGUUCCAGAAGAUAACAACCCCGUGAAAACUUCCAAGGAAGUCUCAUCUCCCUUACAAAAAAAAGUUCCACCGAAGCUACCAACUAAUGAAGACUUCUCCACCUGGCAACGAAUUAUCCGACUCGAUGCAAUACGUGCCAAUGCAGAAUGGAUGGAACACUAUCCCUCUCAAGCUGCCAUAUCAGACAAUAUAGCACGUCGUACUGCUGAGGAUGUUGGCUUGGAGGAUUAUGGUCACCUAGAGGCUGGCAGAAUCUUACAUGCUGCCCGACUAGUUGCUAUUCUUGAAGCAUAUGCACUAUAUGACUCUGAAAUUGGCUACUGCCAGGGUAUGAGUGACCUGCUAUCUCCUAUAAUUAGUAUUAUAUCAGAGGAUCAUGAGGCUUUCUGGUGUUUCGUUGGAUUCAUGAAGAAGGCACGACAAAAUUUUAGGCUUGAUGAGGUGGGUAUAAAGAGGCAACUAGAAUUAGUUGCAAAAAUAAUCAAGUAUAAGGAUGCCCAUCUAUUUAAGCAUUUGGAGAAACUUCAAGCUGAAGAUUGCUUUUUUGUGUAUAGGAUGGUGGUGGUAUUGUUUCGAAGGGAAUUGACAUUUGAACAGACUCUUUGCCUUUGGGAAGUAAUGUGGGCAGAUCAAGCUGCAAUCAGAGCAGGUAUUGGUGGGAUUUCUGCAUGGAACAAAGUCAGAAAGCGUGCACCACCGACAGAUGAUCUUUUGCUUUACGCAAUAGCAGCUUCGGUAUUACAGAGGAGGAAACUGAUCAUUGAAACGUAUAGCAGCAUGGAUGAGAUCAUUAGGGAAUGCAAUAGCAUGUCAGGACAGCUUGAUGUUUUGAAAUUGCUAGAUGAUGCACAUAGCUUAGUGGUCGCUCUUCAUGACAAAAUAGAGACAUGAUUCUGAUCAAUGCACUAAGCAAAUGUAGUUUAUAAUUUUUAGUGUACAAAAUUGCUUAUAUUUCAGACUUGCAGAUUCUCUUCUGCAUUUAAAAUAAGCAUCGGAGUUGCGCUGCACGGGUUAUUGCUUAUUACUCCCAAAUAUAGACGCCGUUCUAUUUAUUUUCUUCUUUA